CAAGUAGAUCCACCUUCGGGACCGUCCCCGCUCAAGCCUUUUUGCACAAAACAGGCGUAGUGUUCGCCUACAUCAGGCUACAUCCUUUCGGGCCGGCUGCUCGCCCCGGCGGCUAAUCCACCCUACUCCCCAUCCAUAUCAGUUUUCCCACUGCUCCCCGCUCCGCAACCAUAUACACCCUUUAUCGCCUGUUUCAGGGCAGCUACUCGUCCAUAUCAGACCCUACACACAGACACGCGCGUAGGUUGUGAUCCAUGCCCUUUCUCGCCUGCUUCAGUCCGGCUACUGUACAUAUCAGACCAUAUGCACAACAUUGUGAUCCACACCCUUUCUCGCCAACACUAGGCCUCUGCCUUCCUCAUCCAUACCCUUUGUGACCCAUAUCAAGCCAAUUUCAGGCCCAUUUCCUAAUCUAUAUCGGCCCUGCCUUCUCCACAAAGCUCCCCCUUCACCCUUCAGGCCUGUCCCAUCUAUCUUCCGCAUAUCAGGUGCAUGCACUCACCCGUUUUCCGGCUGGACAUUGUAUCCCUUUAUUUCCCCACAUCAAACUCAGUGCCUCGCUCCAGGGAUUGUGUUUACCUCAAUCUUCAGCCAUUUUCUUCUCUCUUUGAGAAAAAUGGUGAGGAACUAAGUCUCUAACUCCUGGUGCUGGUACCUCCUCUGAUGAUGCAACUCCUGGUUUUGCUGACAUUUUGACCAAGAGAUGGAAGACACCGAUAAUGCCGUAGUCGAGGCCGACAUUAGAGUUUCGGACUGUGUUGUGGCCAGCUAUGCCACUCCAAGCAGAGACAGUUGUAGCCCAUCCAAGACAGGAGCAGGCCUCAAUUCUGCAUGCACUAGAGAGGAGGAAGGACUGUGGAGUUGUGAACCAGCAAUGGGUGAAGGAAAUGACCAACAUUCAGGGAGCAGGGGUAAUCAAAGCUGGGAUUGCCCAGAAUCCACAUCUUCUGAUUCGGAUGACUACGUUUCCGAUUUUGACAAUAUGCUGUCUGAUGAGGAAUUAACUGGAGAACACGACUAUCUCAGGUCCCUGUUGCAGAUCAUUGGGGAACCUCCCCCAUUUCAGUAUUACAGGGAGUUUGAGAAUGCUAUGAAUAGUCCUGGAAUAAAGAGUUCUUUCUCAUACCUACAUACUGAAGGAGACGGAGAGACAGUCCACGAUCAGUUUUCUGUGUUGUCAUCGGACAGCGAUAAAUCCUCAUCGUUUAACAACGUUGGAGAUGCAGGCACAUCCAGUUCAGGGAACGUUUCGCAAUACAGGAAGGUGACCCAUUCAGGUGUUGUUGCUCCAUUCUCCAACAGGACUCUAUCACACCCAUCUUUUCACUCCUUUUACGCUGCUGUUUCAUCUCAGCAGUCACAGAGCUUCCUUGCUGAACUCGAUGACUCCAGAUUUCACAACAAAGAUUCCACCGAUUCCCACUCUAAGCCUGACCUCUCAAUAAAAUCUGAAGCCAGCGUCCUCCGUUCCCAAGAGAUUCACAUGCCUGCCAUCCAUCAAUGUGAGUUUUUCUACACUGACCCAAUGCUGCCAUCUGGUUAUCGGGUUUACAAUCAUCUUUCACUUCCCACACGCCAGGUGCUUCAAGGUUUACGGCUCAACACUCCUUCGCCCAUCAUGUCUGCAAGUGUGGCUCCACCAAGCGUCCAGAGAGACAAUCGCACCCCAGUCAGUCAUGCUUCUCACUCUCUGGAUAGAUGCCAACAACAGAACUGCCCUGUAUCUAGAGCAGAAUGUGAUGCCAUCAGCACCUCAUUGGACCUUAGCCAGUUUGAGCACACUGAUAAAACAAGGACAGGAACAAUGCACUGCACACUGAAGAACAAAUGUAUUCACGAGUCAGAGGAUCAUGAAGAUGUAGGAACAAAUGGUAUUAAGUUACCACCCAACCUAGGAGACUCUAGUAUAAAGGACUGUGCUGACCCCAAACAAAAACACCACCUGUUUCUUAACAACUGGAGUAAGGCCUCAAUGGAAUCUUCUCCAACCACAGAGCUUUAUAAAAUCAAACACCUAGCUGAGCAUAAAUGUGAACACUCCCCUGGACAUCUUAAAUACACUGAUUCCACUAAAUCAUCCACAAAAUCUGAAGGUAGACCAUCAAGCACUUCCUCGGACACCAAGAUUAGAACUGAAAAGUUGCUAUGUAUCGGGACAGAAUCUGUAGACUUUGGCACAAUGCCCACAGAGGUUGCUCAGGAAACUGAAGUCAGCAGUUGUGACUUCCCUACUUAGUACAGCCAUGUCAAAGCAUGAGGAUCUUGUAAAAAGUUGGGCCACAAAUAGAUACUUGGUUAAGUUAUCAAGCCCAAGUAGGACAGCAAUGGCAGACAGAGGAAAAGGUUCGUCAGCCAAAGAUUUUACCCCACUUUGACAAUAGUUUUAAUUCAACUGUAGAAAAUCAACACAGUAAAGUUCAUUCUGCCCAGUUUGUCAAGUUGUCCCUCACAGCUCCCACGUGAGUAUUGGUCAGGAAAUGGAACAGCUAUAUUCAGAAUUAAUCUGUGACACAGCUGAGAGGUAUUAAAACUGAGUUCUUUCAGAAGGGAUCAGGUACAACAAACAGUAGUUGGUAAACUAUAAUUGCACUGAAAUAAAUUCUACUGGCUUAAUGUCUGAGAAUUCAAUAUUUAUGAAAGGAAAUGGAUCAGAAAGUGAAAAUUAGAUGGUCAGUAGAAAUUAUUUAUGGUAUUGAGUUCUGUUUUUAAAGAGUUUACGUCCCUGAGGAAUGUGAAGCAGUGGGCGAUUUGGUUUUGAGUUACCUUGUCUUGUGUUGGUUAGGCUUUUUGAAUGGCUCCAUAACCAAUAGUGAGCAGAUGAACAGCAACGCACAAGUUUCUAACAACAGAGCUACAUAACAAUGUGGAAAAAAUGCCAGGACUUCACCAGUGGAAUCUAGGGAAGUCCUGAAUCCAUGUUUAUGUGAGCUACGUUUGGAUUACAAUCCAAAGUUUUAACAUGCUGAAAAGUGCAGAUGACUUCAAAAAUUAUUUUGAAUUGAGGGAUUUUGUAAACUUGGAAGUUUAUUCAAGGUUAAACUGUGGAUGGAGGAAGUGUUGAAGUAAAUAGUGCCAACGUUUGGUGCAAAGCAUUUGUAAUGUUAAGAUUACCAGGCAAAACAUCCUUGUGGUCUAGAUCACUGAACUGCAGGUUUUAAACAAAAUUGGACAAAAGAAUGGAACAUAUUUCCCAAAAUGCUAUUUGUUCUGCAAAAUUAUUUUAAUAAAAAUGGAAUUUCAAUCCUCUA